GGAAAACCGUAAGCUUCCUAGCGUCUAGGGCCAGUUCAGGACAAAUUGCGAGGUACAUAAUACUCCUGUCGGGUAUGGUGCCCUUCACUCCUAUCUCUCCCUGCUUUUUAAUCUAUCAUAUUACCCCGCCGAUCCAUCCGACUCAAGGGUCCAAGGAAGAGCCGAGAGACGACCUCCGGCCCUGCUCCCCUCCCUUUUCUCCUAGAGUCUCGCAGCAAUUCUGGAGGCAGCGAUGGAAACCCCCGGCUUCACGUGGAGGAGCUAGGCAGCGACCAGUGGACCGAAGGGAGGAUAAAUGGCAUGUCCCGGCCCAAGAGGGUCUCCUAGCUCCUUUCUAGCCUCCUCGUUUUCUCCAAAUUCUUUGCCUCCUGGUUCCUGGUCUCCAUCUCUCCCCCCCCCCACUGUCUCCCAAGCUCCCUUGCUCAGGGACGAUGACGUCACACCCCAGCCCCCCGCGCGCCCCUCACUGAGCUGCUGGUUCUGUCUCUGGCCAGACCCCACGGGCCCCCGGACCCCAAUCCCCGCGCUCGCCAUGGCUGGCGCCGAGGUCCUGAUGCUACUCCUGCUGCUGUACCCUGGGCUGCUGCCGCUUGCCACGGCCGCCCGUGGGGACCCGUUCGCCCAGCAGCUGGGCCCCACCAGCUCGUGCCAGAUGCAGUGCAGUCUCUGGAUUCCUCACGCGGGGGGCGGCGGUGCAGAGGAGGAGCUGCAGAACGCCUGCGCCCGGGGCUGCCGCCUCUUCGCCAUCUGCCGCUUUGUGACGGCCAGCACCGAGGCCAACGUCACUCUGGCCGAGUGCAAAGCAGCCUGUCUGCAGGCCUAUGACCAGGCUCGAGAACAGCUGGCGUGCACUGAAGGAUGCUUGAGGCAGAUGCCUGGUUCGCAGAGACCUUCAUUUCCACCUCUACCUUCACCUUCUUCACCUCCACCUGAGCACCAUAAGAGACAGAGACCAGUACCUCCAUCUGACACCAUUUCAGUGACGGAUGUCUUAUCCAAUCUGUGUAAUAAGUUGAUCAGCUCAGCCCAAAGCUUCAUCUCCUCCACUUGGACCUACUACCUACAGGCAGACAAUGGGAAGAUGGUAGUUUUCCAGUCACAGCCUGAGAUGGACGCACCUAACCCAGAAGCAACUCAAAACCAUGCCGAGGUGACCUUCCCAGUGGAUCUCCAUCCAGGUCCUAAAGAGAAAAAAGUGAAAACUAAAGGCAAAAUGACCCAAGAGACCUCCACGGACUCCCAGCCAGAACACAACUUCCUGGGCUGCAUGUCCAAGCGGUCUGGAUUGCCCAAGUGGAUCCUGGCCUCCUGCCUCCUCUUUUCGGUGUUUGUCAUGCUGUGGCUCAGCUGUGCCAGUCUUGUGACUGCACCAGACCAGCACAUCCGGAACCAGCCACUGAGCAUCUCUGGGGACAAGAAUUACUUGGAUAACCUGGAAUGGCCCUUGGCCCCGGCUCCUGCCCCCAUGGUAGCCGUAGCUGUGGAGCCCCGGGAAGCCGGCUCCUUGCCCCUAAAGGUGGAGAUGGACCGUACAACUCUCUAAAUCCCAGAGCACCCUGGAGUUGGAGUUGUCCCUUUCUGCAAACCUCAACCCAUGGAAGCCUCAGUGAUAAAGGGAGAGGGAGAGAUUCAGGGCUCCCACCCCUCUAGGACAGCUCCCCCACCCCGACUCUGCUGCCCAAUCCUUCUAGGCCUGGAAAAGUCCCCCUACUGGACCCCAAGGAAUAAUCCCCAAAUAGUCCCCUUCUUCUCUAGUACCUGUUGUCCAGGGAUAUGUGAGUAUGAAUGGGGGGGAUGAUUUGGUCUGAGUUGGGAUAGGGCAGGAAGAGGGUCUUGGCUUCUUCCUCCCCACCCUUUCCCCUUUUACUCAUCCUACAUUACUCCCAGCCCAGUGUAGCUCAGCAUGUGAGUUUUGGCCCAGCCUUCCUACCCUUCCCACCCUUAGCCACUCACCCAAAGGGCAUCUGGACCCAGUUGAAGCUGAUUUCUCUUCCCAUUCCCUUCUCCUUUACCUCCACCCUAGAUUAAUUUAUUAUUAUUUUCUAACUUGUGAUCCUCGGCCCCUUCUGACUCAUUUUCCUCCCGGUUCUCUUGGGCUAGAGUUAGUUGGGGGAGGGGAAGGUUCUUGGGAACCCCCCCUACCCCACCUCCCAGUCUCCACCAUUCAGUGACACCAGGCAGCUAGCUGGAGGCUGGCAGUGGAUGGGGCCAGUUGCUGGGGUGAGAGGAAUAAUAGGGAGUGAAUAAAAUCUUUAUAACUGA